AUGCUGGGAAUACCAACGAUAUCUAGCCCCGCCUACCGGCCGAGCCUGGAAGAGACCAAGAGAUUUGCCAUGCCAAGGACUAGGCUCACCCCCCGAGUGUCAGCACCUGCAUGGGGCAACGAUAACCCCAAGCAGGAGCCCAAGGACUGGCCCCAGGCUCUUCUCUUCGGCAUCGCCUGCGAAAGCAGAGAACAAGGGAAGAAGAAGGAGAAUGCAAAGAUGGAUGACUCCGCCCUUCUCCGCCCUCCUCCACCCCUUCCUUUUAUAGGCCGGGCGGGGAAGGGCAGCUACUCCAUCAACAGGUGGCCGUGGAUAUCCCGCGACAUCCGCGCUAAGAGAACCGACUGGGAUACUGAGAAGGCGGCUCUGUUGAAGAGAGUUGAAGAUGCUGAGGCUGCUCUUAAGCCGGUGACUAAAGAGUUAUCCGGCUUGAAGCGUCAGAUUAAUAGCAUGACAACUGCCAUCUUUGGCUCCAAAAGUUCCAACCUUGGUCAAGACAUGCAUGUGAAACUGAAAGCUACAUAUACCCUUGUGGAACAGUUAUACACCGGCGCUCAACGGGCUAUAUCUGCUAUCUCGCAUAAAAAGCAAUCACCUUCACUCAUCAGGGAAGUGCUAGAUAAAUUAUCUAUGCUACCUCAAAGAGUUGAAGAGCUAAAGCGAUCAGCCGCCAGAGCUGGUGCCAUCACCGCGCUGAGACGGGCAAAGGCGUGGCAAGCAGAACUGGACCCAGAAGAGUUGGCCACCGGCUGUCCAAGCCUGAAAGAGGACGAGUCUCCCUUCGAAGCAGCAAAUUUCACCAAGUGUGAUAAUGAUCCAUUCUGGAAAAGGCAGCCAAAGGAUAAACCGCCAAAAAACACCCGCACCAAGACCAAAGCAGUGAAGAAACCUGCAAAUAAAAAGACUGUCGAAUCGUCCGACCGGAAUAAUGACGAUCUUGAUCCGGCGUCAGAGGAUGAUGCGGAAGCCAGCCUGCCGGCGAGGUUGAGUCCUGUUUGCAAGCGUCGCUCAGAGGGAACUCCACAUUCAUCCUCCGGCGAGUCAUCAGCCACACAACUUCCACCCCUUAAGACGGUUUCCGGUGCCAAACCAAGACCCAGCAAGAAAGCCCGGUUGAAUAAACCAGUUGAGGACAAUAUAACUGCUGAUCCGGAGAACAUCCCCGAGCCGAAGGAUGCCAAUGUUGAUGUCCUGUACAAUGAUCCGCCGCCACAAGACCAUGACUUGGUCGCCGAACACAUGGAAGUCGACCCGUCAGGCCAGCCCAAUAAACCGACGAGCCCGGCUCGUGCCGAUGAUAAAGCGGCAAGUCCUGCUAAAGCUGCUCCUAAACCGUCCACUCCUGAGAAAACUUCUGAUGACAAAGAAGAUGACAUUGUGAUUACUGGCGUUGGCCACACUACACCCGGCAAUCCUGUCGCAUUAUCCAAGCAUAGCGCUAAGGAGGAAAUUUCUGCUAUGGGCAAAGGCAAAUGGAACAUCGAUUUGUCCAGUUAUACCCAUCUCAAUGCUCAAGAUCUUCAUUCUGGCUUCUUAAACCGUCUAUACACAAGCCGGGAUUAUGAAGCUAGCUUGGUAAAUAUGAUGAAGGAACGAUACGAGGCGGAGCUGAGCAAGAAGGAUUCUCAAACCACUGACUUGCAAGGAAAUAUUAAGGCUCAGCAAGCAGAAACCUCCAAAGCCAGAGAUGAGCUGACCAACGCCUUAGCUGCCAUGGAAAAGCUAAAGGAGGGUUUUAAUAAGGAACAUGCAGAUUGGGCCAUAGAAAAAUACGCUUUGCUGAAAAGAGCGGAGGAUACUGAAGCUGCUCUUAAACCGAUGGCAGAAGAGCUGACGGGUCUAAAGCGGCAGGUUAACGCCAUGACCUCUGCAAUAUUUGGAACUCCCAUUACACAUCUGGGUUCUGACAUGCGGAAGAAGCUAAAAGCUGCUUAUACGUUGAUAGAACAACUUUAUACCGGCGCGCAACGGAUCAUCUGCGCUGCUUCGCGCAACAAGCCCCCUCCCACUCUUAUCCAGGAGACCUUGGAAAGGUUGUCCAUGCUGCCUGCCCGGGUGGAAGAAUUAAAAUGGUCUGUUGCAAGGGCUGGUGCUCUGACUGCGCUAACCCAGGCCAAGGCAUGGGUACCUGAUCUUGAUCCGGAAGAUGUGAGCAGGUUAUCCUAG